GAAAUGAUAAUGUGCAGCUAUACCAUUCUGCUAACCACAUAAUGGAAUCAAACUCCGAAGACUCUACCUCGGAUGAAGAAUACAUUCCCCCUUGUAAACUAUCUAAAUGCGACAGUUCCGAUAGUGAUUCCUGUGGUUCAGAGGAUGAGGGUAGUGAAGAGUCAUUAUCAAAUGCCGAGCAUGUGCGAACCGGUGACAAGAUUUCAACGGAUAGGCAAAAUGACUUGGACCAAACGGCGUCGUCAACUAAUGAGGAAAAGAAAGCUAGGGAUGACGCCAUUUGGGAAGAAUUCUUGUCCUCAGUGGAGACGCCACCAAACGGCCGAAGUGCUAAGGAGCUCGUUAAUGUGGUUCGCAAAUAUCAGUUUGCCGGUGAAGAAUUUGAAGUUACCGAGCGCAUCUCCGCUCCGAAAUCGCCAGAAAAUUCGGUCCAAAACAGUGUAGAGCCUCCCCCUCCGAUUCCAUCUCUGUCUAACCACGCUCCGAAGACGAAAGUAGUAGCAUCGAGCGGAACCAGGCCCUUACCGACAAAAGUCCCUUCGAACCAAAAAUCGGGCCUCUUGGGUGCACUUAAGAAUAUCAAAGCUCUCACUGGCAAUAAACCCAACAAGCUGACCACCCUUGAAAAAUCCCGGUUGGACUGGGAGUCUUUUGUCCGCGCGGAGGACAUCGAAGACGAUCUCAUUGCACACAACAAAGGAAAACAGGGGUAUCUGGAACGACGCGCCUUCGUCGAUCGCGCUGCAGAAAGGGAAUACGAAUAUCAGCGCAACUUGGCCAAUCGCAAAAAGUGACGUUAUUUUCUGUACACCCACUCCAGCUAUGAACAGAAAGACGAAGUGUGCACAGUAAAAGCUUAUAAUUGUCC